GCGGGAGUAGUCCCUGUCGUCUGUCCACCACCCUCUGCGAGUACGUCUCCUCCUCCCGUCUGUCUCUCUCUGUGUGUCGGUCUGCCGUUCCCGCCGCCGCCGCCGCAGAUGGGCCUGUUCAGCUCGCCGGCCAAGGUGUACAAGCCGGCCGCCGACGUGGACCUCGGCCCAGGCAGCGACGAGCUCUACAUCAGCCCCAAUGUCAAAGCUCCUCGGGUCGCCGGGCUCCUGGUGAAGAUCUUCGUGUGGAUCCUGGAGAUGCCCAUCGUCGGGCAGAUCGUGCUCUACAUCCUGAAGAAGGACAACCUCAUCAACAAGCUGGUGUCCGACGCCGACAUCCCGGAGCCGCCGCUGUUCACGGCAUCGCACAGCUGGGAAGACACCCCGGAGCAGAGCGUGCGGCUGACCAAGCCCGACCUGUCGGCGGCGGAGCGGGUCCAGGAGGCCGUGGGCUGCCUCCCGGCGCGGCUGGAGGCCGCGCUGGCCGCCGACGCGCGCGGCAUCAGGCGCUGGACCGUCCGCGACUUCUCCGACGCGUACAGGUCCGGCGAGGUGACGCCUGUCCAGGUGGCGGCGAGGUUCCUCGCGGCGGUGAGGGAGAGCUCGGGCCCUGGCGUGAGCAAUAUGGCCUUCUUCAUCAGCUGCGACCCCGACGACGUCAUGAGGCAGGCCGAGGAAUCCACCCUCAGGUACCAGAGAGGGGCGCCGCUGUCCGCGCUGGACGGCGUGCUGGUGGGCGUGAAGGACGAGAUCGACUGCCUGCCGUACCCGACCACGGGCGGGACGCGGUGGCUGGGCGCGGCGCGGCGCUGCGAGGCCGACGCCGCGUGCGUCGCGCAGCUGCGCGCCUGCGGGGCCGUCCUCGCCGGCAAGGCCAACAUGCACGAGCUCGGCGCCGGCACCAGCGGCAUCAACCCGCACCAUGGGUCGACGAGGAACCCGUACAACGCCAGCACGAUCGCCGGGGGCUCCUCCAGCGGCUCCGCCGCCAUCGUGUGCGCCGGCCUCUGCCCCGUCGCGCUCGGCGUCGACGGAGGCGGCUCCGUCCGGAUGCCGGCGGCGCUGUGCGGCGUCGUCGGGUUCAAGCCCACCGCCGGGCGCCUCUCCAACGCCGGCGUCCUCCCGCUCAACUGGACGGUCGGGAUGCCGGGGAUCCUGGCGGGGACGGUCGAGGACGCGCUCAUCGCCUACUCGGCGAUCGUCGACCAGUCCCAGCCGUCCUACUUGCGGCCGGAACUGAAUCUUCCUCAGCUCGGCUCCACACUCUCCAUCGGCAACAUCAAGCUCGCCAGAUACGGAAAGUGGUUCAAUGACAGCGCCGAGGACAUCAGGAGCUGCUGCGACAAGGCGCUGCAGGCGCUGCGCGCGAACUACGGCUGGCAGACCGUGGACGUGACCAUCCCGGAGGUGGAGGAGAUGCGGCUGGCGCACUACGUCACCAUCGGCUCCGAGUGCACGACGUCGCUCGCCAAGUACCUCGACAAGCUCAAGAGGUCCGAGAUCGGCUGGGACGCGAGGGUGGCGCUCAGCGUCUACGGCUCCUUCAGCAGCAGGGCGUACCUGAACGCGCAGCGGCUCCGGAACCGCCAGAUGUACUUCCACAAGCAGAUCUUCAAGGCCGCGGACGUCAUCGUCUCGCCGAUGACCGGUGUGACUGCGUACCCGCUGCAAGACGACGCGCUCAGCACCGGGGAGCUCGACUACAUAAACGGAGCCGCGCUGGUCCGGUACUCCAUAGCCGGCAACUUCCUCGGCCUGCCGGCCAUCACCGUCACGGUCGGCUACGACAGGGGCGGCCUCCCCAUCGGCCUCCAGUUCAUCGGCAGGCCGUGGGCCGAGGCCACCCUCCUCCACGUGGCCUUCGCCACGCAGCAGGCGUGCGCCAAGGGGUACAAGAAGCCGCCGGUGUUCUACGACCUCCUCGGCAAGCAACAGGACUGAGGUCAGCGACGCGCCGCCGCCGCCGGCGGCGAGCGAGCGAGGAUCCACCGUAUAUGUAUCCGUGGGGGUCGAUCGGAGGAGAAGAGACGUAUAGCAGCAGGACAAUUGUUGUCAUGUAUACCUUCAUUCUCGAAUCAUUAUCGAGUAUUUGUCGUUGACUACUAGUUCAUUCUUGAACUAAAACACG